AAUGCCACUUCCGCUUCGGUUGGUAAGCUCGUUGUCUACCACCCCCACCCUCUUGUUGGCGGCUCCGUCAGUGUCCCUUCGCUCCCUCGACGAGUCCGCCACUCUCUCUUUUAACAGCUCUCCGAGUCCGCCAGUCUCUCAUUUAACAGCUCUAUUCAGCAGCUGCAACCUCAUUUUUACGCCCAUACCAUACCUCCCUCUCUCUCUCUCUCUCUCUCUCUCUGAUGGAGGCAACAUCCCCUGCUCUGUCGCGGAUAGGCCUCGCAGGCCUCGCCGUGAUGGGCCAAAACCUAGCCCUAAACAUCGCCGAGAAGGGUUUUCCCAUCUCCGUCUACAAUCGCACCGCCUCCAAGGUCGACGAAACCCUAGAUCGCGCCGUGGCCGAGGGCCAACUUCCCCUCUCCGGCCACUACUCCCCUCGCGAAUUUGUCUUGUCCAUCCGUCGCCCCAGAUCGGUCAUCAUCCUCGUCAAGGCCGGCUCGCCGGUCGACCAGACCAUCGCCGCCUUGUCCGAUCACAUGGAGCCCGGUGACUGCAUCAUCGACGGCGGUAACGAGUGGUACGAGAACACUGAACGCCGCAUUCGCCAGGUCGCCGAGAAGGGCCUUCUCUAUCUCGGCAUGGGCGUCUCUGGCGGCGAGGAUGGCGCGCGCCAUGGGCCGUCGUUGAUGCCCGGAGGAUCUUACGAGGCCUAUUUGAACAUCGAGGAUGUCGUCAAGAAGGUCGCCGCACAAGUCGAGGACGGCCCUUGCGUUACCUACAUCGGCGAAGGGGGUUCGGGUAAUUUCGUGAAGAUGGUUCAUAACGGCAUUGAAUAUGGCGAUAUGCAGUUGAUAGCUGAGGCUUAUGAUGUGUUGAAGACUGCUGGAGGGUUGUCGAACGCCGAACUUGCAGAUAUUUUUGACGAGUGGAACAGAGGGGAACUUGAAAGCUUCUUGGUUGAGAUCACUGCCAAUAUAUUUAAGGUAAAGGAUGAGCAUGGAAAUGGGGAUUUGGUGGAUAAGAUUUUGGAUAAAACGGGGAUGAAAGGGACUGGGAAGUGGACGGUUCAGCAGGCGGCGGAGUUGUCAGUGGCUGCGCCUACAAUUGCAUCUUCACUGGAUUGCAGGUACUUGAGUGGGUUGAAGGAGGAAAGGGAAGCUGCGGCUGAGGCUUUAAAGGAGGCUGGAAUGAGGGAGGAUGUUGGAGCAGUGAGAAGUGGGAUUGAUAAGAAGAGGUUAAUUGAUGAUGUGAGGCAGGCCUUGUACGCAUCAAAGAUAUGUAGCUAUGCUCAAGGGAUGAACUUGUUGAGGGCAAAGAGUGUGGAGAAGGAGUGGAAUUUGAAUUUGGGGGAGUUGGCGAGGAUUUGGAAAGGUGGGUGCAUUAUAAGAGCCGUGUUCUUGGAUCGAAUCAAGAGGGCAUACCUGCGCAACCCAAAUUUGGCAAGUUUGAUUGUUGAUCCAGAGUUUGCAAGGGAAAUGGUUCAGAGGCAAGCUGCAUGGAGGAGAGUUGUGGGUUUGGCAGUUUCAAAUGGCAUUAGCACGCCAGGAAUGUGUGCUAGUCUUAAUUACUUCGAUACGUAUAGGCGAGCAAGACUGCCUGCCAACCUUAUCCAGGCUCAAAGGGAUUUGUUUGGGGCACACACUUAUGAGAGGAUUGAUGGCCCGGGUUCAUUUCAUACUGAGUGGACAAAACUUGCUCAAAAGAGCAAUUCUGGUGUUGCUGCUCUUAAUUGAACUUUUUUGGUUGCUCUCUCAAAUGUCUGUUUUAGCUCAUCAGGUUUUGUUGAUGUUUCUCUUUGGGAAUUUCCUGCUCAGGCAUGGCAAUUAUUGUUUAGCCUUGCAGUUCUUUGCUGUCAAUAAGUGGUGCAUGCCAUUUUAUCAAUGCUGGCUGUAAUAUUUGCAAAUGUUUUCUUUCUGUUGCAGUAAAGGAGAUAAGAAACUGUUCUGAUUUGAACACCA